GAGAGCGUGAAAUGAGCCGGGAACGGGGACUUGCGUUUCGAGGAAUGAGGGCUGAAAGUUUUUCUUGGAUUGCAGAUGUAAAUAAUGGCCUUUGAGUUGGAGGAUCUCUUGAAAGAGGAUAAAAAAGAUGCAAAUUUAUUGCCCGACCUAAGUAAAGCGACCUGUCAGUCUCAAGAGGAGUUCCGACGACUGCUGGAGAACUGCCCCGAAUUUAAAAUUAAGCCGGAAAAGGUGAAAAAGGAUGACGCGAAGGUGCGCGACAAGGAAUUUUCUUGGAAGCCGACUAAAAAAGAAUUGAAAGCGUUCGGGAAGGAAUGGAACUAUGGAAAUCCCAUACCACCGGAUAUGAGAGAUUUGAACCUUCGUGAACUGCAACAGGUGGCCAUCGACUGGAGAAUGUUAACGCCCAUUAGGCCCAAGCAGCGUCAGGACGAAGAAAUGUUUUCCAGAUUGGUGGAAAUGGGAAAAAUGGAAGCGAAAACGAUCGCCAGGGAGCGUCGGUCGACGACCAGUCCCAUCAGGCGAAGCAAGAAUCGAGCCGGCAUAAUAGAAGGCAGCGUGAAGAUCUGCUCGGAGUGCGGAGAAGAGUUUUGCUUCGGCGAGUUCUGCGGCGACGUCCUCUACGACUCGUUCAUAAGAGUUACCGUCACCGUUCAACAGCCGAAGGUGAAAGUGUCCGCCGACACCGAGGCGAUAAUCGCCAAUUUGGAUCGCAAGAAGAAGCGCAAGAAGAAGAAACGAAUGAAAAGUAAAAGCAGAACGCCCAGGAAAACCGUCAGGCUGUUGAUCCGCAGCAAGGGGAAGAAAUCCGUGAGCAACGAUCUGGACAGAAGGAGCAGCAACGAUCAGAUCGACAGGAGUGCGCGCGAUUCGAAGACGAUCAAACCGUUUAAAAGAAAGUGCAGCAAGUAUGCUAAGAAAGGGUUCCGAAAAUAA